UUCAGUACGGUGACGACGUCGAAAGAAUUGCCUUGUUCCUAGGGCUCUUUUAGAUUUUAUACGUAUUUAGCAGUAGAUUUCUUCAUCAUGCACUUGCUCCAGUGGAUUGUUCCACUUCUCGUGAUUGGAGGGUGCUCCGCUGGACCGCAGAAUGUGCUCCUCCUGCUGGCUGAUGAUGCUGGCUUCGAAUCGGGCGCAUAUCUAAACAAAUUCUGCCAAACUCCCAAUCUGGAUGCGCUGGCCAAGCGGGGACUUCUCUUCAACAAUGCCUUCACCUCGGUGAGCAGCUGUAGUCCCAGUCGCUCGCAGUUGCUCACCGGACAGGCGGGUCACUCGAGUGGAAUGUACGGACUCCAUCAGGGGGUUCACAACUUCAAUGUCCUGCCGCAGACAAGCAGCUCACUGCCCAAUUUAAUCCGGGAUCAAAGUGGUGGCCGCAUCUUGAGCGGCAUCAUUGGCAAGAAACAUGUGGGAGCAGCUGGCAAUUUCCGUUUUGAUUUCGAGCAAACCGAAGAGCAGCAUUCAAUUAACCAAAUCGGCAGGAACAUCACUCGGAUGAAGGAGUACGCCAGGCAGUUUCUAAAACAAGCCAAAGAGGAGCACAAGCCCUUCUUCCUGAUGGUCGGUUUCCAUGAUCCCCAUCGAUGUGGCCACAUCACCCCGCAAUUUGGAGAAUUCUGCGAGCGUUGGGGCAGCGGCGAGAAGGGAAUGGGCAGCAUUUCCGACUGGAAGCCCAUCUACUACGAUUGGCGCAAUCUGGAGGUGCCCGCCUGGCUGCCCGACACGGAUGUGGUGCGUCAGGAGCUGGCCGCUCAGUAUAUGACCAUUUCCCGGCUGGAUCAGGGAGUGGGUGUGAUGCUCAGGGAACUGGAGGCAGCCGGUCUGGCCGAUCAGACCCUGGUGAUCUACACCUCGGAUAAUGGACCACCCUUCCCGGGAGGAAGAACCAAUCUCUACGAACAUGGCAUUCGAUCGCCCUUGAUUGUCAGCUCGCCCAAGAAGGAGGAUCGCCAUCAUGAGACCACGGCAGCCAUGGUCAGUCUUCUGGAUAUAUACCCAAGUGUACUGGAAGCUCUUCAGAUUAUUAGACCUAAUGACACCAAGAUCGUGGGGAAAUCAAUACUCGCUGUACUAAAAGAGGAACCUCCGGUAAAAGAGGGAGAUUCAGUGUUUGGCAGCCACAGUUACCACGAGGUUACAAUGGCCUAUCCCAUGAGGAUGGUGCGAAACAGGCGCUAUAAGCUCAUACAUAACCUCAACUACUGGGCCGACUUUCCCAUCGACCAGGACUUUUAUACCUCACCCACCUUCCAGCAAAUACUAAAUGCCACUAUCAACAAACAACCACUGCCGUGGUAUCGUUCAUUAUUGCAAUACUACCAGAGACCCGAAUGGGAGCUUUAUGAUAUUAAAAUGGAUCCCUUGGAGCGAACAAAUCUGGCGGAGAAGCCCAAGUACAGUGGUACCCUGAAGCAGCUACGCCAACAGCUCUUCGACUGGCAGGUGGAAACUAAGGAUCCCUGGAGAUGUGCUCCGCAUGCUGUGCUCCAGGAACAGGGCAUCUUCAAGGAUCAGCCAGCCUGUUUAACCUUGGGCCACGAGGCACUGCAGCGGCCCAGGCGCAAGAUCCUCAGCCAGUACGAAGAGUAUGUGGUCUUUUUCUAGGUCUGUCAAAAUAUUCGCCAUUUAGUGUUUGUUGUCUUAUCGCACCUUUAAUAAAAACACCUCAAAGUGCUGAUAACACAA